ACUGUAGCAUUAACCGUAGAAAAUAAAAAAAGAAAAAUGAGAAAAAAGUGUUCUAAAAGGGACAAACGGGGGCAAACCCCAAACAUUACAUGUCUUUUGGUAAACGUGACAUUUUUAGCUUAACUUUCCCACUAUGAAAUCUGUUUCACUUAAAUUAAAUACUUAUAUAAUUGCAAGAAUGCUAUUAAUUCAUCUCCUACCAGCGUUUUCCUUUAUAAUUACCGUUUCGCUUAACUAUGCUUCCGCUGUAUAUUUCCCUCCAAGGUUCGGCACUCCUACACUAAAGGAGCUUAGUCUUUAUUAUGGCAAGAAUGAAGCGGGCAAAUGCGUACGUUUUAAGAUACCCAAAAAUAACACAGGAGGCAUUGUUACUUAUGCAUUUCUCCAUUACAGAAAAAGAGUACUUUGCUUACCUGAUAUCGAAUCUAAUCUUGACAUGAGCGCAGAAGAACAGUAUAGAAACUUAUUGCUUCAAGCCAAGAGAAAGGACAAAAAGGAAGAAGAAAAAGAAAAAGAACGGAUUAGAGCGAUAAAAGAAGCUGAAGAAACAACAAGUGAAUGGCUUCGAAAAAUGGAAAUUGAAGAACGGAUAAAGAAGAGUGAAAGAGAAAGAAACCGUGCGAUAUCAUUUGCGGAAGCAAAAAGAAAAAAGGAAGAAGAAAGGCUUCGAAAUAUAGAAAUGUUGGAAGAUAAAAAAAAAAGACAAAAAGACCUGGAAUUACGUUUUGCGGAAGCCCAAAGAAAAAGAGCAAUGGACGAGAAAAGAGCAAUUGAGCAAAUUAGAAACUUUAAGGGAAACCCGAUCCAAAGUGAGGAAUCCAAAGAGGUAGCCCGAGCCAGGCAAAAGAAGGAAGCCCACAAAAAAAAAAAAGACCUAGAGAUAGCAAAUGCGGAAGCCCAAAAAAAAAGACAGAAAGACCUGGAGAUAGCAUUUGCGAAAAUGAUAACGAAUGUCGAAAAGAUGAUGGCGAUACAAAGUAACGAAAAUACCAGUGAAUCACAAACUACCAACGCUGCAGAAAAAAGAAGGCUUUGUCCGAGAAUAAAAGCUUUUUACGAGAAUAUUUGUUAGAUCACUAAAUCCAAAUGCAACUAAAAAUUCAACAGAAAC